CGGGUCUUUUCGGAUAUACUUUUCGUGGUUGUUGUCGAGUAUGUCUGAUGAAAAAAGAACGCGUCGUUACAUCGCCUGCUUUGUGGAGCGAUUCGUUGUCGUUCAUACUUUUUCCUUCUGGAAAAGAGAUGGUCGUGUACGACAAUCAUGGCAGCAGCUCGACGUCACUCUCCCACGUGGCUAUAUUUACCACUUGUCCGAAUCAGCUGAUGACAACAACAAAGGCUGUGAGAGGAAAACAAGCCUCGAGUAAUAGUCAAGCAUGGCACACAUUGCAAAGGGAUUGACAACACGUAUCUGCCAGUUGACAUCCCUGAGGGUAUGUCAGAGGUGCCCGCUGUCACUGUCAGUGCCUAGAGGAACUCCAGUGACCCCAAGCAAGAAGGUCGACCUUGGGGGUGUCUUCCCACCGAUGCCCACACCCUUUAAUCAUGAUGAGUCGGUAAAUUAUGACAAAUUUACCAGAAACAUUGAGCAUUGGAAUAAAGUGCCUUUUAAAGGACUGGUUGUGCAAGGGAGUAAUGGAGAAUACGUAUAUUUGAGCACUGAGGAACGCAUUGACUUGGUUAAAUGCGUGCGUGAUUCUCUGCCAAGAGAUUCAGGAAAAAUCAUCUUGGCUGGAUCAGGGUGUGAAUCAACAAGAGCCACCAUAGAAAUGAGUGAAAAGAUGGCCAAGGCAGGAGCUGAUGCAGUGAUGGUUGUGACUCCCAGCUAUUAUAAGCCAGGCAUGAAG